ACAGAGAAACAAAACAUUUUUGCGAGCUGUAAUUGGCCGCUAUAAUCUUGCGAGUUGUGGAAAUCAGUUAAAUAGUCAGCCAUGACAGAGUUGGAGAGAGGAGUGCCAGGAGGAGUUUGUUGUGUUAGAGUACAGAAAGCAUCACUUACUAUUAUCUAAUAGAUUUUCAAAGUCAUGGCUGAAUAUUUAGCUGAUUUCAACAAUUCAAUGUCAGAACGAGACAUCUCCUUGAGCAAGGCUUGGUUGGACAAAAUAACAAAGAGAUUGGAUCAAGCGAAAGUAAAUUGCUACAGUAUGUGGCAGAAAGCUGACAGUGCUGCUCAUGAUGCCUUCAAGAAAAAGAGAGGUUACAAUCAACAGAGGGUGAACUGAGGCCAGUUGACAUGCUGAACUGUGUAAAAAAAGACAUUCCCUCACACGCCCCUUUGGGGGACAGUAUAAAUGAAGAGAUCUGGUAGCCGAUGGCAAGACACAAAAUGCAGACUUACAGACUCGGAACAAUGUGGUUGGUCCUCCUUGUGUGCCAGCUUGGCCUAAUUUUGAGGACUGCGGCACAAAUACCAGAUGGUUGCAUUACUAGUGAUACAAACAGAGCUCCAGAAAACUCGGACAUAACUGUGGUCUGCGGCACUGAGCAUAUGGACCUGAGCAUCUACAUUUGCCCAGUGUACCAAGCGCUUUACAAUGAGUCCCUGAUGGUCCUCAAUAGCCAGUUCAACAAACCUGAAUGUUUUGGGACUCCUGACUGGAGCGUUGACCCACCAGUCUUAAGAUUCAGUUUCCCCAUAAAUGGAAGUUCUACCUCUGUCUGCGAAAAUAACUUUAACAUAAUCAAUAAAGUUGGUUCUGGAGAGUUUGCCGACUUCUCAAAUGUCCAGUAUGUCAACAUCUCUGGCAGCAUUACCUCUAUAGACCCCUCUGCGGGUGUGAUCACCUACCGCCCGGAGAUCCUAUACAAGUUCUCCUGCCUCUACCCGAUGCAGUAUCUCCUGAACAACACUCAGCUGGGCGUAUCUGGUGUGAGUCUUGCCAUACGAGACAAUAAUGGGAGCUUCGUCAGCACACUGAGCAUGCAGCUCUACCAAGAUGAACAGUAUCAACAGAUACUGAGUGUCCCACAAACAGGACUCAACCUGAAGACCAAGAUUUAUGUUGCAGUUCAAGCGAUCAAUCUAACAGAAAGGUUCAAUGUGCUGCUGGACAGAUGCUAUGCAACAACAAGUCCAUAUCCCAUGCUCAAAACCUAUUAUGACCUUUUCGUAGGGUGUACACGUGACGCACAAACUAAGGUGGAUGUCAAUGGGGAGUCUCAGAAAGCGCACUUCUCCUUUGAGGCAUUCAGAUUUGUGGAGCACAAAAAUCUGACAGUUUCCACUUUCUACCUGCACUGCGUCACCAGGCUCUGUGAGGUGUCCACGUGUAGCACACUAAUGCCUGACUGUUCCCAAAGUCGGAGAAAGAGGGAGGCCCAGGAUGUGGUGGCCAACGCUACAGUCACCUCGCCUGCCAUAGUUGUGGGCAAACAGAGCACCGGAGAUCCUCAAACUUAUGCAACUUCUUACGGUUUGCCAUCUGAGAGCAACUACAGCAGCCCUGUAGUGGCUGUAAUUGUCUGCAUCGUCCUCCUAACUGUUCUCCUCGUCGCCAUGGCUAUUUACUUUGUGUUGUACAUCAGACGGAAAAAAACAAUCAUCCAGUAACAUCCUCUGACCGAGAGUGGAGCCCCUUCACCUCCCAACCUAAUGCAUGGUCAUUCAGCUGCAGACAUACUAAAACAAGUCAUUAGAAACACUAGUCAGACACAUCAUGCUGUCAUACUACUUUGUAGCUUUUCCAUUUCACAAACAUUAUAACAAGUUGGUCAAACUUGCAACUUUAGAAUCAUUAAGAAUCACAUGGUAUAUUAAUGUGGAGAUGAGGGCACGUAAUCUGUACAAUAAUUGUGUAUUAUAAUUGUUAGUUUUAAUCAUGUUGUCA